GGUGUUGAGCAUUCAAAGCACCUCACAAUCUCAACAACAGCUAUACAUUUAGCCUCUCACUUGCAAAACCCUUCCUUACUUUUGGCAUUGUUUUCCGCGUAGUAUAUCAAAUGGAGAGAGUGACAAAGUUGGCAUCCGAGAAGCCAGUGGUGAUCUUCAGCAAGAGUUCGUGUUGCAUGUCCCACACCAUCAAAACCCUUUUCUACGACUUUGGUGUCAACCCUGCGGUUCACGAACUCGAUGAGAUUUCUAGAGGGCGUGAAAUCGAACAAACUCUUUCGAGGCUCGGUUGCAACCCUUCUGUCCCAGCCGUCUUCAUUGGUGGUGAAUUCGUUGGUGGAGCUAAUGAGGUCAUGAGUCUUCAUCUUAAUCGAUCCUUAAUUCCAAUGCUUAGAAGAGUUGGGGCACUUUGGGUUUAAUCCAAAAAUUAAUCCACUAACUUGCAUGCCAAGGCACUAAUAAAAUUGUGAUUAUUAUAUAUUAUUAUAUAUAAUCACAGAAAUUAGAUCCAUGAGAGUGUAGAUUUCAGGUCUAAUUAACGGUGAGCACUACUAAUUAACGACUUCUCUUAGUGAGUGGGUAUGUUAUCUUUUUGGUAAUGUACUAAUUAUGUUUUUUUGAGUAAUAAAAGUUGCGAUUUACAUUUA